AUGUCUGCACCCUACUUGAUCUCGAGAGUCAUUGAUCCCAUCUUCGCUGUCAGCGUAGGCAUCAUCGCAGCCGUGGUUCGCAUCAAUCGGGAAGAGAAAGAGAAAGGCAGAACGACCGAACAGACCAUUGAGAGUCUCAGGCGAAGGAUUACCAUGGUGUUCGACAGCGACGCACCGGAAAGGCCAGCAACGGAGAAGUCUGACUAA